AUGGCUUGUCACGUAUGCUCUCGUGCUCCAACAUCACGACUUAAAUAUCUUUGCCCUUCUUGUGCCCGCAAUCAGCUCUAUCAGCUCCGAAUCGAAAAUGCCAGGAUUCUUCUAGAAAAUGAGUCCCUAGGACAACAGAUUAAUAACGCAGUGUCCUCUACAGGUAUUCUUGAAGAAUUUUCGGAACGGCCUGGCUCUAGAUAUCUCGGUCUCGAGGAUGAUGACCACAUCGCUUGGCCUAUCCAAACCAUCGCCAAUGAGAAAGCCAAAUCCUCUUUGAGGAUAAAGCUACUUGAAAGUCGGACAGAGAGCUUACGGCUAGAGAUCAAGAACAAAAAACGCAACAUUUCCGAACACAAGCUUGCGCUAGCGCAACGUCGCUCGGAUGCUGGAUCUGCGAAGUAUCAACUUGCAGAACGUGAAACAGCCAUUUUAUCUGGCAUUCAUAACAGUGCCAAAAGAACGGACCACCUGUGGCACUCACUGCACAGUAAAACGGCAGAAGCUCGGAUAUUUUUAUGUCGUGAAGCUGCCUACCUUUAUAACCUACGGCAGAAAGUCAAAAAGAAAGAUGGUAAAGUUAAAGAGACAUAUACAGUUGGUGGAAUACCUAUCAUAGAUCUUAGGGACAUGAAUGGAAAGUUACGACCUCUACUUCGUGCUACACCGUCGCAAAUCUCAACGUCAUUCUCCUACAUUGCUCAACUCCUAGUACUUGUUUCACAUUACUUGUCCCUAAGGCUUCCUGCACAGAUCACACUUCCUCACCGGAAUUAUCCUGCGCCUACCAUAUACGCACCCUCUGGGUCUUAUCUCUUGCGUGAAAUGUUGCCCGUAGCAAGUACGUUGCAGCCCUCGCCUUCUAAUUCAACAUCAUCACGAACAGCGGACCCGCGGUCUUGCUUACCCCGACCCCGACCACUCUCCAUUGACAGAAGUCUCCCAAAACUAGCCAAGGAGGAUCCUGGUACGUACGCUCUCUUUAUAGAGGGGGCGACGCUGCUGGCUUGGAAUAUUUCCUGGCUUUGUCGGACUCAGGGGCUCCACAUAACGUCAGAUUCUUGGGAGGAGAUCUGUAGUAUUGGAAAACAUAUGUGGCAGCUCCUUGUUGCACCUCCCGCACAAACAUCAACGCUCGUUAGAGCGUUCGCCGGUCGAGACGUACAAUCCAAGGUGAAGAUCACAAAAGACCCUCCCAAAACAAUCAUCCAGCGGACAAAGUCAUUCCCGAUACUAGGUCAUUACUCCCAUGGUACUGUGCAUUCUUUCCUCGCUGCUUCGGAGGGUACGGAGUUCACGCGUACAUGGCGGCUUCCAACUCCAACGAAAGUUGCAGACAAAUUAAAGUCAAGCUUAUUAGGUGAAAUGGCCAGUGCGGAAUGGGAAGUUCUGGAGAAGAAGGAAUGGGAUAAUAUACCUGAGGCGCCACUACAAUCUGUUCAUGAAUCCUCAGUCAAUCGGGAAGGCGAGAAGGGUGAAUCAGAUAUACCAAACAUGGAUCCAUCGGAAAACAAUCGUGCUGGGCCAGCUUCUCCAAAUGAGCCUAUAAAGUCUAAUCGGCUUAAAGGGACAAGUGGUUGGACUAAGCUUAGAAACAGCGCUCUUGAAUUGAGUGCAUAUAUACCUGAGGCAGUUCUGCGGGCGGAACUACACCGAAGAAGUGGGAUCAGAGACUCUGACAAUGAUAAGCCAUUGUGUGGCUCGAAGGAUCGAGGGGUUUACAACACUCCAGUGCAUGUAAUGGCACUUUUCCUCAUUCUAGUACUGAGUACCUUCGCUUGUUCAUUUCCCGUACUUGCCCGUCGGUUCCCACGUCUGCCAAUACCACGGCGCUUUCUUUUCCUUUCCAGGCAUUUUGGGACAGGCGUAUUGAUAGCUACGGCCUUCGUCCAUUUACUCCCUACGGCGUUUGUGUCCCUGACAGAUCCAUGUCUUCCUCGAUUCUGGAGUGAAUCCUACCGUGCCAUGGCUGGUUUUGUCGCCAUGGUUUCCGUCUUUGUUGUGGUGGUGGUAGAGAUGUUUUUUGCCAUGAAAGGAGCAGGCCAUGUUCAUGGGAGUGAGUACGAUCAUUUGAUUAGUAAUGUCGGUGGGGACACUGCAAGCAACUAUCAGAAUGAGGAGCCUGAAUACCUACAAGAGUCAACAGAGAAUAUUCACCUUGAGGGCAUGCCGGACGGCAACUGUACAAGUAGCCUGCCGCAAUCCUCAGGCCACUUGCUGAGUGACUCGACGGACGACGGCAGUCAAUCACAAUCCGCAAGUUUGAUUGCGCGCAAAGAGGACGUGGAGGUUGAUCUUGAGGGACCAGACUCUUAUGAUGACUCGCAUAUGAUUGCUCAUCGAAGCCCUUACUCGCAGUCCGAAUUGGGUCGGCCUUCGCCGGCUAUAACGCGUGGACAGCCGGACACUAUGUUGUCUAUACAGAAUCCGCAACGUCAGUUGCUUCAGUGUCUUCUUCUCGAAGCCGGAAUUCUCUUUCAUAGUAUUUUUAUUGGCAUGGCACUUAGUGUUGCAACAGGGACGUCAUUCGUUGUACUACUUGUGGCCAUCUGUUUUCAUCAGACUUUUGAGGGUUUCGCUCUUGGCUCACGUAUUGCAUCACUUAUUCCCGACCUUUUUGCCCCAUCUUCCAUGAAGCCAUGGCUCAUGUCACUUGCAUAUGGGACGACAACUCCCAUUGGCCAAGCCAUCGGUCUUAUUUUACAUAACCUAUAUGAUCCAACGAGCACUACAGGUCUGCUCAUGGUUGGUAUUACGAAUGCGAUAAGCAGUGGUCUUCUGCUGUUCGCUGGGCUGGUUGAGCUUUUGGCCGAAGACUUUUUGAGUGAGUCAAGUUACGCAACCUUACAAGGGCGAAAGCGUGUUGAAGCAUGUAUAGCAGUUGCCUGUGGAGCUUUGUUAAUGGCGUUAGUUGGUGCAUUUGCCUAG